CGUUGAGAAGUGAAUUUACGAAAAACACUCAACCUUUUCAUAAUCAAUCACAGAGCACUUGAAAGUAGAAAGAGACGCACCUACACUCACUUCCAACUCCCGACGGCUCGGCAACAGCCCACGUUUUUGCACCAUCAACGCCAUACAAACCUACAUAUUCAUAUUUAUAUAUAUAUACAUCCUACAACUCUUACAAACUUCCUCUCACAUGCCAUUCCCACUAAUCUAGAUCUCUCUCUCUCUCCAAAAUUCCUUAUUAUCACUAUAUAUAUUUGAAAAGCAACUAGUCUUUGGUGUUUUGGGUGUGUUAUUAUCAACAAAAUGUUCAUACUUGGUGACCAGAUGUUGCAGAGUGAUCCUAUGGUGCCAAUAUUGCCUAUUGAGAGAAAGUGGAAAUCCAACGUUGAAACUGCUCCCAAUUGUCCACGUUGUGCCUCCGCCAACACCAAAUUCUGUUAUUACAACAACUAUAGUUUGUCACAGCCUAGGUACUUUUGCAAAGGCUGUAGAAGGUAUUGGACUAAAGGUGGUUCCCUUAGGAACGUGCCAGUCGGUGGUGGCUGUCGGAAGAGUCGAAGAGGCAAGUCUAGAAGGGAAAGGGUCGAGAAAAGAGAUCAAAUUUCCAUGACUGAUAGUAAGAAUUCAACUAGUUCUUCUGAUGGGGAUUCGGGGAACCAACCAGAUAUUGAUCUAGCACUUGUUUUUGCUAAAUUCUUGAACCAUAAUACAAGCUUUGAUCAGCCUGAAGUCGAUGAGAUUGCUACUCAAGAAUCACCUAAUGAAGAGAAUAACAGCCAGAAACCAGUAGUUGGUUCAAUUCCGGAGUCUUAUAUUCUUCAAGAAAUGCCGGAAACUAGUCAGAUGGAAGCGUUUGGGUUACAAAAUUUGUUAACAGGUGAUGAAAUGGUGCUGCAUGAAGAUUUGUGGUCGGAUCAUGAUGUUGCUACGACUACACCAGACUUGGAAUGGCAACCAUCGGUGCAACUGCAACAGUUUGAGUCCUUUCCGGAGGAUGAACAGCUAAAAAUUUCUGCAAAUUUAAUGAACGAAGAUUGGGGUUCCUUUGAUCUUUCUGGGUUUGGAAUUUUUUCAAAACCUUCAAGUUGAAGUAACAUUUCCAAUUUUAUUUAGUUACUAAAAUAAUAUGGUGCUUGAAAUGUGAAUUUCUUUUUAUUGGUUCUUAAUCAACGAUAUAUAAUAGUAUGCGGUUAGUUCUUAUUAAAUCUACAAAUCCUAGGAUUUUAUUCAACCAUUUGCGCUGUAAUACUCAAAUUUGAUUCAGAGUUUGCAUAUGAUUAAAAUAUGAAGUGAUUGAGCCAGGUGUAAACCUUCAAAGUCUCAAUUUUUUUUUAAA